CUGCGAUGCGACAAUCUUUCUCCCAAACCAAAGGUCAAUUGUUCAGCGCCUUCAAACUCCAAUCGUGCAGAGAGACCCUCACGCAUCACCCAACCCUCCACACCCUCGGAGUCCGUACAACCUCAGGGCGUCACUCUUCGCACUUCAUCGCCAUGUACAGAGCCACAGCUUCGCGCCUCAGGGCCCUAAAGGGUCGUAGCUGCCACAGGGAAUUUGCUCGAUUUGCAAGUUCAAGUGCUGUUUCAACAGGUCAGUCCUCAUCCACUUCUGGAGGUCUAUUUGGAUGGCUGUUUGGUGGAGGUUCCAGGACUUUACCUCCUCUAGACUUCCCACUCCCGGGUGUCAAUCUGCCUCCUCCAGUUCCAGAUCACGUUCAACCAGAUUCUACCAAAAUUACAACUCUUCCUAAUGGCCUCAAAAUAGCUUCUCAAACAUCAGUGACUCCAGCUGCUUCAAUUGGCUUAUAUGUUGAUUGUGGUUCGAUCUAUGAGACACCAUUAUCAUUUGGUGCCUCCCACUUGCUGGAGCGUAUGGCCUUUAAGAGUACAAGAAACAGGAGCCACUUGCGUGUUGUGCGAGAGGUUGAGGCAAUUGGUGGGCAUGUGCAAGCCUCAGCUUCUCGAGAACAGAUGGGUUACACCUUCGAUGCUUUAAAGACUUAUGUUCCCCAAAUGGUUGAGCUUCUUGCUGACUCUGUUAGGAAUCCUGUUUUUCUGGAUUGGGAAGUCAAUGAGCAGCUUCAGAAGGUGAAAUCUGAGAUUAGUGAAGCUUCCAACAACCCUGACGCUUUGGUUCUGGAAGCAAUUCAUUCUGCUGGUUAUUCAGGUGCUCUGGCUAAUCCUCUUUUAGCUCCAGAAUCUGCAUUAACUAGAUUGAAUGGUACAAUUCUGGAAGAAUUUAUUGCUGAAAAUUAUACAGCUCCCAGGAUUGUACUUGCUGGUUAUGGGGUUGAUCAUGAAGAAUUAGUAUCCAUUGCAGAACCACUUUUGUCUGAUCUACCUAGCGUCCCUCGUCCUGAAGAGCCAAAGUCUUUGUAUACAGGAGGUGAUUAUCGCUGUCAUGUUGAUUCUGGGAGAACUCAUUUUGCUCUCGCGUUUGAGUUUCCUGGUGGCUGGCAUAAGGAGAAGGAAGCUAUGCAAUUGACUGUUCUACAGAUGCUAUUGGGAGGAGGUGGAUCUUUCUCAGCUGGUGGACCUGGAAAAGGGAUGCACUCACGGCUUUAUGUACGUGUCUUGAAUGAGCAACCACAAUUUCAGUCUAUUUCAGCAUUCAAUAACAUCUACAACAAUACUGGCAUUUUUGGUAUCCAAGCUACCACUGACUCUGGUUUUGCUGAAAAAGCAGUUGAUAUAGUAGCUAAUGAGCUUAUUGCACUUGCUAAACCUGGCGAAGUUGACCAAGUACAGCUGGAUCGUGCUAAAAAGUCAACAAAAUCUGCCAUUCUAAUGAAUUUGGAAUCUAGAAUGAUUGCAUCGGAAGAUAUAGGGAGACAAGUGCUGACUUAUGGAAAGCGGAUGCAAGUGGAUCACUUCUUGAAGGUUGUAGAUGAAGUCACUCCGAAAGAUAUUGCUUCAAUUGCCCAAAAGCUUCUAUCGUCUCCUCUCACACUGGCAUCAUAUGGAGAUGUCAUCUACUUCCCAAGCUACGAUUCAGUUAGCAGCAAGUUCAGUGCAAAGUGAUUCUAUUGUACAACUAAACUGGACACUGGGCAGGCAGCUGAUCUUCUCUGUGAUUAAAGUGUUUGAGAAUUGUUUAUCUUCUGGCGUUCCUCUUACAGAAAAUUUCUGUUUUGAAUAAGGAGAAAUUUCUAAUUGUCAAUUACUCAAUAAAUUGGUGGUUCUAGCUCGCAGCACACUAUGCCCGAGUUAUUUGUCAGACAAUUGUUUGAAUUCCGGCAUUUGGUUUAGUGUAAUUUUGUAUUUCCUUUGCCAUUAGAGAAAAAGGCUAUUCUAUUUUUGUUCAGGUUAAAUAUUUCCUGAAGCCGAAUUGCAGGCAUAACUAUAUCAGUUAUAUACACCAUUGGAUUGUUACAUUAAAUUCCAAAAAUGCCAGGAAUUGUGGAAAAAAGAUCUCCAAUUGUUGGUAAGAGCAUAAAUAUUGAUGGAUUGCCUUUA